UCCUGAUCAGGUGGAGUUUUUUUCUUUCACAUUUACACGCUGUCAUAUCAGUGUUGUUUUAAAGCUCUGAAGUCCUGUUAGUGUAAGGUUCACUGUUUCAUAUCGGUCAUUGCGUGAACUUGUUUUUCCGGACAUGAGUGAAAAUAAGGAACAUUUCAAGGUCAAAUGAAACGUGCAAAGUUGAACAACUCUACUCUCUCUACUCCACUCUAUAAUCAUGUCUUCCCCCACCAAAGAUGACAUUUUCGCAUAUGCCCUUUCCAAGACCUUGACCAAAGUUUCAUCACCUGCAACUGUCGGACUCUACUCUUCCUGUCAGCGUCGCAUUAGAAGGAUCCUCGGAAAAAUGGAAUUGUACCUAUCACAGGAAGCUUUGAGGAUCGAAGAGAACUACAAUGGAAAAUCCCGGCCUCGGCCAGUAAAACCUUCACUUUCUGGAAUGUUAGCACUAAUUUGGCGGCUGCUAUUCCACAAGCCCAUUUGGACCAAAGAGGAUCAGGACCAUCAUAAUGUCCGUUUCAUUUAUGUAAACUUCAGUGCCUGGCACUUUGCAGGCAGUGACCUGCUGUGGGCCGGGCUUGCCAUACGACUCUUUCAAGCAAUGCAAAUACAGUUUGGGAAAUUACAGUUAGUAUUAUACCGGGUGGCCCAACAUGAUGUUGAGGAUGAAAUCAAAAAGAAGACAGUGGUUGCUGGUCCUCAUCCCUGGAGGGCCAAGAGGAUUUGCUGCUGCCCGCUGUGGUUUCUCGUCCUGCUCAGUCUGUUGGUACCAAUGAUCAUCCUUGUAUUCCUUUUGGCGUUUGAACUUCCAAAACACGUGGGGAAACCAACUGUGAAAGUUAAUGGAACAACGAGCCACGUUAGUGUGCUGGAAGGUCUGGUCAUCGCUUCAUUUGGAGUUCCAGCUGCCAACGCACUAAGGUUUGCCUUCCUGAUGGGCAAGAACCUCAUUUUCAACCAGGAACUCAACAUCAAGAGGGGAAUGGACAACGAGCGGGUGAGCAGCAAGCUGGGCUUCAUGAAUGAAGUCAGGGAGGAGAUGUGGCUCCUGUCUCGCUUUGUCAAGUUCAUGGAGUUGUUUGAGAGGAGAAGAAUCCGAGUGGUGUUAAGGAUCACCAAUCUAGACCGCUGCUCCCCCCAAAAAAUUGUUGCUGUUUUAGAUGCUAUCAACAUUCUGCUGUCAGAUGAGGACAGUCCAUUUAUUUCAGUUUUGGCCAUAGACCCAGACAUUAUCAUACAGAAGGUGAACUUUGCAGAUGGCUGCUUUUGCAAAGAAGACCGGGCUUAUGCGCUGUUGAAGCGUAUUGUUACUCUGGCCUUCACUGUCCCACCCCUUUGUGAUGAUUCGAAGCUCAGGUUCUUUCACAGCUUGGCCAGCAGUUCAAAAAACCUUGAGAGAAUCAGGAGUGAAGAUAAACAUCAAACUGGAGCCUUUAAACAAACCUCUGUACCAGAUAUAUCGUCAGUGGUUUUAUUAGAGACAAAUGAGUCAAUUCCACUGGUAGAUAAAACUGUUCAACUCGCUAUAACAGAGGCAGAAGUCGAAAAUUGUGUCAAGAGGACCCUUGACAGGAAUGAAAGGAAGUUAAAUGAGUACAUCUUAGAUGACUCCAUGUCCAUGAGGAGAGUGAUAAACUCCAUUCGAGUGACUGUUAUCAUCAUGAAGGCCUUAAAGACAGAGCUCCCUCAACCUGACCUCAUAGCAGCCUGGGUGGUCCUGGCCAAUCAGUGGCCCUGCCGACUCAGCUGGAUCAUACAGUGUGUGGAAGAUGCUCAACAGAGAGACUAUAUUGAGCUCAAAAAGGAGGCUGAAUCUGACGAUUCCAAGAGCUUGUGGAAGGUUUUCACUGAGUCGAGAGUGGAGCUUUAUGUGAUGCGUGCUCAGAUUGAAGACUUGCUUGACCAGGAUGAAGACCCUGAGAUGUUUGAGAGAUUUCUCAAGGUAGACUUCCACUUCACAAUUAAGGAUUUGAAGGCACUCAAUGAGGUCACAGUGAACUUAAAUCACUCAAUUAAGAGAGAGUUGGCUAUGAUCCGAGGAACAUCCAGGCUGAAAGAUUCUGGUUGGAUGAGGACUUUUGCUCCUUUGCCAAUCACAUCUAUAAUUAAUAUGGAUUCAGAAGAUAUUUGUAAAGAGUUGGACUAUAUGGAAUAUCCAAGAAAGUAUGCUGAUAUUGUAAAAAGCAAUCACAUCACGGGCUCAGCUCUGAUAUUUGGUGAACCCGAUGAUAUUAAAAAACUCCUGGACAUGACUUUUGGAGAAUGGACAACUUUCAGACUUCGCUUCCUGGGUUUACCACUACAUCUUCAACAACAACACAAGAAUAUGCGUCACCCUCAAAUGCCCCCGUCUCGACUCCUCCUCCAUGGUUCUCAUCAUUCCUCAUCAAAUCCCCAUUUGGCUACUAGCUAGGAAGCCAGCAUUUAUCUUAUCUUAGUAUCUUACAAUACUUGCAGUGUAUAUUACUACGGAGUAGUAAUAAAUUACACAAUUCAAAUUCCAAGUAUUAUUGAAGUACCUCAUUGGUUUGGUACCACAUUUCUAUUUAUAACAUUAUGACAAAUGACUAUGCUAAACUUGGAGCCAAAUGCCUCUUCAAUACUAUCUCUCUAUAAUUGGUGAGCUGAGCAAAUGUGUUAAAAUGUUUUGGCUUGUCAGUGUUCGAUCAUUGUGGGAAUAUAUCUGCAAUGUCUGUAGUUUAUCAUUUUAUAUUAACUGUGACUGUAGUAGUGGGUAUUUUACAUACUGAAUAACCUGUAUGUCUACUGACGAAGUGAAAAACAAAUACAUCUGUGGUGCAGUAAAAUGUAAAUCUAUAGAGUAUAUUUCUAAAGAAGCAGAAUCUGUAAACGUAUACAUUAAGGGUAGGCAACUGCAAAACUGGUCCAUAAUAAAUUAUGC